UAGUAUAAUUUAGGGGGAAAAUACCUUGACACAUUGUUACUCAGAUUCUUUUCGGAAUUGGGCUAGAAAUUCUUCUCUCUGAUUCCUAUCUCGCACGAUUGCGCCGGCGACGUCGAACCAGUUAGCGGAUUCUUUUGGAUUCGAAGCACGAAGUUUAGAGAGACUGCGAACUACGAUAUUGGCUGAGAUGCACAGUCCGGAGAAAGUACUCGACGAUCCUGCCAAUGAGGACAGCAGCUUCUCUGUCGAAUUGGAGACUUCCAUUAGUCGAAAUGGCAAUCUCAAGGAAGAAAAUGAUCUUGCAAACACGAAUUUGGAAAACUCUAAUGCUCUAGCAAAUGGGCUUUCUUCCAUGCUUAUCAACAUCAUAAGGGAUUUUGAUUCCAAAGCUGAUGAUACUCUUAAAAGCCAAAGCCAGCUUUCAUCUUCCCUUGAUCGUAUCACUACAGAACUGGAUCAGUUACUUGAAGAUGCACCUUUUCCAUUCAUCAUGCAGCAUGCCUCGAGGAUUUCAAGUGUAAGAAAGAGAGUUUUGUCACUAAAUUCCAUCUUAAGAUCCAUACAACGAAGAUUAGAUAACAUAGAUCGGGCAAUCUCGAUGGGCAAUCGACCAGAUACUCUUUCCUCUCAAAGUUGCUCGCAAACUCAACAUGGUUGAAGAUUGUACGUACUCUAACGUCCCUUUUCUCUCUUCACUGAAAAUACUGCGGUAGAAAGGCUGUGUUUAUGAACAAUCAAUUUUGAAUGUACAACCUGGGUAAUUUUUCCAUUUGUAAGUUAAGAGCUAUGGCUCCCUCACUCUCUCAGGAAAAUUUUUAGUACACAUAUAUGUAUAAAUACUCUUUCGUCCGCACUAUCAAUUUUAUUUUGCUUAUCUU